ACGUUAUAUAUGACUGCAUUAUCCGUAUCAAAACCAUCCAUAUUCAUGGAGAUUCAAGCUCGAAUCGGAAUCAUUCCUUCUCACACUUUCACCUCCUCAACCCUCAAAUCUUCUUAUUCUUCUUCUUCUUCCUCUUACAGGACCCAGAAGUUUCUCUGCUCCUCCAACGAUUCUCAAGAUAACCAAGAGGAUGAUGAUAAAUUCUCUAUGGAUUGGGACAAGGCCUGGUCAAGCUUCAGAAAGCAAGGGAGGAAGAAGAAAUCGUUCUUCUCACAGUUCUCACCAAACAAAUAUGUGAGCUGGAAUCCUAAACGUUCAAAUUACCCAUUGUCUGAGGAAGUUGAUCCCAUCAAAAGAGCAGAGAGAUCAAACCUCAUGUUAUGGACUAGUCCUGGUUUUACUCUUGCAGGAGCAAUUGUAUUAGUGACAUUUCUUUUAAUCUAUACCAUUCUUGCACCAAUGAAGUGAUGUUUAUAACCUUUUUGUUGCUCCUGUGGAAGCAGGUCUUCUAUUCUAAGUUGUAAUUGUAUUUAAGAAGAUCUAUUUUUCCAGGCCAGUGGGUUGUAUAUGUAACAUAUGAGUAAAUGAAGCUACAAUUGUUUCUUUCUCUGGA